UGUACUGACCAUUUGUUCAUUCCUCAAAACAACAAAUCUUGUGGCCUUUGCAAGCAAGCUAGGCGCCUCACGUAUUAUAUGGCAAUCAACAAACUGCUCGUUUACAACGUCUAGAUAGGCGCCUCCCGUAUUUGCAAUCUCCAUGGGCCACCACCAGGCACAUUUGUCAUUUUUGUUUCUCCCAGACGAAACAAUGUAUAAAUUUCAAACUUUGCAGGACAACAAAACAUUCUAAUUACUAUGCGGGAAAAACUUUCAGAUUUUUUCAUGCAUUUAAAAUGCUAAAACUUAUUUUUUUAAUCAUAAAAAUCCUCAUUUUGUAUACUUAUAUUGGUCCAAAAAAUCUGAAACUUUUUUCACACAUUGAAGUUGUAAAGUUUGUUUGAUCUGCAAAGUUUGAAGUCCAUAUGUUCUUUCAUUUGAGAGAAACAAAAAAGAGAAAUCUUCUUGUUGCAAGUUAGUUGAAGAGUACGGAUCUCGACGCAAUGUUGAAGGGCUGAAGAUAAGAGGUUCCAUGUAGCUCGACCUACAGAGGAACUUUGCCAACUUUAUUUUCCUAAAUAUGACAUUGUAUCCAACACAUGCAUGAUGUUGGAAAUAGAUAACGACUGAACUUUACUAUAGGCCAUCAUGACGUUGUUUUAAUGUUUUCACAUGUCAAUGUCCAAGCUAAUAGUUUUCAACGCCUUUGUAAACAUUGUAAAUAUGAUGGCCAUGCAAAUGCGUGUGCGGUCGGUCUAGUUAAGUGCUAACUGUAUCAAAUGUGGUGACAACCAGACACUCAUGGAGGGAGAAGAUACAUGCCCAUAUGACGCCUUUUAUGCGAGCAAGGAAGCAGAAACGUGGAGAAGCAAUGCUCUGCUAACGGUGGAUGCUAUAUUGGUGGUAAUCAUGGUUGGAAUAGGUGCAUAUGGCCAUCACUAUCGCCACCGCCCCUUCACCCGCUUCCUCUAUGAUGGAGCCACGUCAUUGUUCCUACCAAUCAUGUCAUAUGUUGUCUCUGGUAUUGGUGGCACUUAUAUGACCGCCUUCACAAAUGCUCAUAGUGCAAUCCUAGUCGGGGAGUGUCAGGCAGCCUUUACCACACGCCUAGUCAUAGGAUGGGCUUGCCUUGUUCAAAUUGUUGCCAUAAACAUCAGCGUUGUAGUUGCCGGCGAUGAGAGAGAAGGCCGAAACACUGGCCCUUCAGUGGUUCUGCUUGUCCAAGCAAUGUGGACCUGUUACCUUGCGAUCUACUACGCAGGAUUAGAUAUAGAUACAUUUGGGUUUGUGUUCAAGACUUUUGCAGCCAGAAUGUCUUCAUUGUUGGGAUUUCUUUACCUUGGGACAUUUGUCAUCAUCUUCGCCAAAAUGACCUUCAAGUUCCAUGCGUUUUAUAAAGUUCGGAGAUCAAUUGCUCUUGGACUCAACCCCCGUCUUGUUGUUGGAUAUAUGGAGCAGCUGAAUAAUAGAAGUCAACCCAGUGAGCGUGCACCUCCUCCACUCCUGGUUAUGGGUGAGGAGACUUCCCGGGUAAAGAAGCAACCUCGUGGUUACUGCUUUGUACGCAUGUCCGAGGAAGCUAGGACAAACAACAUGCUAGUGACCAUCGACAAAAUUUGGCUAUUAGAGGACAUGCUUUUGGGGUCAUCAACACGACUCAAAGAUGUGUGCCUCUCCUUUACAUUGUUCAAGUUACUGCGAUGUAGAUUUGCAAGGUACACUAUUGCCGAGGCUGGUUUUCACAAGGUUAAUAACUUUUUCUGGCGAGUGUUGCUAAAGGAUGGUGACGACGAGAGGGUAUUCAGGGUCAUUGCGGACGAGCUUUCUUUUCUUUAUGAUUAUUACUAUUCAUCUCUCUCAAUCUCAUAUCCAAGUCGCCGGAUGUCCAUCUUGAGCAUCAUUAUCUCCCUCCUAAGCAUCGGUGGUUGUUUGUCUCUUAUGUUUGCACUGCGUGGUUACUGGUCGUAUGCGUCUCAGUUCGUGUGUGAGGUAAAUUGCCCUGCAACACACGAUAAGUUGGAGUACCUUGGUUUCGGGAAUUAUUAUAUUGAUCAUGUGCUAGUGCAUUUACUUGCUGCACUGGUAGUGCUUACUGAAGCAAGGGACAUCGCUUCUUACAUCUGCUCUAAUUGGACUAAAGUGGCCCUUAUCUGCGGCUACGUGAAGCAUGCUUCUUGGCAACAAUCACGUGCCUGGCGAGGAUGCGUCAGCCGUGUGUUGCAGUGCAGAUGCAAGCUGUUUAAGAUCUGGGAGGACAAAAUGAACCAGUGCUCAAUUCUCAUGCUCCGCCCAGCGAAAACACCUUUGGCUUUUCUUGGGCGUCUCAUCAAUACACCGCAACGAAAGAAGAAGAUACCAAGAGCGGUGAAGGCCUCUAUCAUCAACGCACUCAGAAGCUACGAGGAGAGUCGCCGAACCAAUGGCAUGGCAUCUAUGCCUAGGAGCUUGCAAGUUGGUGAGGAGCUCUGCUGGAUGUUCGAUGAUGAAGGUACAUGCGAUACUAUGCUUGUGUGCCACAUCGCUACGAGCAUCCUAGAAGUGAGAUCACACCAACACCAGCCUUUUUCGAACCAUAGGAUUACUGCCACUCACUUAUCACGAUAUUGUGCAUAUUUGGUGGCAUACUCACCUGAGCUGCUCCCUGACGACGAUGCUUGGUGCAAGAGCUUGUACGAGGCCGUCAAGAAGGACGCUGACCGUGCCCUCGCCGGUGGCAUUCGGGCGUCAACGCCUGAAGCAGAGUACCACCAGUUGGUCGAGCUGCUCAGUACAAGGCCAAUGCAUGAGGUGCUUCAGAAGGGUGUGGAGCUUGGGAAGCGUUUGGCGGGGAUGAUUGAAAGAGAGGAUACAAUUUGGGAGGUUCUUGCGGGCUUUUGGUCAGAGAUGAUCCUCUAUGUUGCUCCGUCGGAGAACAUCAAUGGGCACGCGGAGGCCAUUGCCCGGGGUGGUGAGCUAAUAACGCUCCUCUGGGCACUGCUCGCGCAUGUCGGUAUCGUCGGCAGGUCCCACAAUGCCCCGGUCAGUGCUUCUGAUGUUGUCUAAGUGUAUGUUAAUUCACUGUGUUGGCCUCGUUGUUUUACAUUAUUAAUCACAUAAUAAAUGUUUCCUAGA